UUUGUUGCAAAACUAGGGAGAACGUUUAUGGUUUAUCGCGGUCAUCUGCGAUGGCUGGUGUAGCGGAAACUUUAGACGCAAAUCCUAUACCUGGAUCAAGUGACAAAAGGGAAUCCUUGAGAACAAAUGAAUCUAAUGGUAAGUGUCAAAUCUGGUUGGGUGUGCGGCACCCUUACUGAAACCCUCACCGUAGUGUUAACGUUUGAGAUCUCAAAUCAAACUUUAACUUUAUGAUACCAUCCCAAUAUUUUCGCUUCUGCAUUCUCAGUUACUCCUUUUUUAAACCAAUACACUAUUUUCUUUGUUCGUACCUUUUGCUAGAGUAUGCAUGGAUGACAGCACACAUUCGUCCGUGCGUACAGCAAAAAUCUUAGAAAUAUAUGUAUUUUCUUAUUUCCUGAAAUAGAUUUCUUAUUUCCUUUUAUCAUUAACUCGGGAUAACUGAUAAAUCUUUCGCACUAUUUUGGUGUAUGUGCCCGUCUGAAGGGUAGACGUCUCGCCUUUUGCUUGUAACCUUCUUGAGGACGUCACUGUUUUGCCCUUUUCGUAAACAUCGUACCUUACCGAUUACACUAGAGAUGCAAAAUAAAAAAAAAACUGAACAAAUUCUGAGUUUUUUUACAACCACUGUUAAUGUCACCUAUGCGUGCAACCAAGUGAAUGGGGAAUUAAGUUUACAAUAAAACUACGGGCAAGUCGUUAGCAUACAGUCUGUUUAUUUCGUAUCCCACAAACGUGAUCAAUACUCAAGCUUAUAUUGAAAAGUUUGGUCCACAUUUUACAGAUUUUAAUGUGAAUUGUCACACCAAAAUGAAUUGCCUGUGGCUUACACAGAUUUAUUUGUAUCGAGUGUUUGUCACAGUUGUCACACUGAAUAAACACAAGUUGGACACAACUGAAUCGUUUAUUUUGUUGAGGGAUUUUUAUCCUAUUUUAAAAAUUCAAUCAUAACAAUUUAGGAAAGCGUUGGAGAGAAGCAUGCUACAUGGCGACCCCAGUAUUUCACACUACCAAUAUCAUGAUAUCUUCAGAGACUCUACCUUGAAGGAAUCUAGAGACUUGCAACUACAGCUGUAUUCUGAUUGGUAUUCUGCUCGCUUUGUUAUUCACCGGUCAUGGUAUUCUUGUAGUGAAGAUGGCAUAUUAUGUUUUAGCACUUAUCUUCCCUCCUGCAUCUUAAUUACCUAUAUCUUAGAUCUAAUAUGAUGCACUUUUUCAGAUUAGUUUUUCUCCUGUAUUAUUCCAAGUUGUAGGAUGGGAAAGGUUCUAUGUCUGACUAUGUAGCAUUGCGUACCUACAUGUAUUUUGUUAUGUACAUGCUGUAACCUCCUGUGCAUGAGUAUAGGCUACAUGUACUUGGAGCCUCUUGUUAUUAAUUUUAUUAUUAUUAAUAACUAUUAAUUAUCAUUAUUAUCAUUACUAUUAUUAUUACUGGUAAUACUGAUUAAUCUUUUGUUCCAUGUCAUGUUAAUGGUUUUUUUAAUUUUUCAGGGGAUGCACAAAAACUGAAUGUAGUACUUGCUUCUAAUGCUGAUGGCUGGGACAAGAUGACAAAUGGAGAAUUAGAAAAAGAACUGGCUCACAAUGAGAGAAUUGAACUAAGUGGAUUUGUGCCAAAACACACUGAGAAACAUAAAGAACUGGCUACUGAGUUAAACAUUAAACUUUUUGAUGCAAAAUUCAUUUCUGGGUAUUCAGAAACAGAGCUGCUAGCCCAUCCACCUGAUGAUUUGAAAAUUGAUGUUUUGAUGAUGCAUUGUUAUGGAUUUAAUGUAGGACGACAAGCACAGGUUAUAAAAGAUAACAAAAACUGCAUAUGGGCUAUUGUUGUGCAUACAAUCUGUGAGGAACUGGAGAAAUACUUAAAGAAAACACAGUCAAGUGAACAAUCUGAACAACAACCAUCUGCAGAGCAUGAGCUACAGGUGACAUUGUGUGGAAAAGCUGAUCUUGUCAUUGCUGUGGGCCCUAAAGUUGCAGAAGCCUACAAGGCUGCAUUGAGAUUCUGUGGGAAAGAGGGAAAUGUUUUUACCCUAACACCUGGAAUUUCAGAAAAAUACCUAGGUAUCAAUGAGCAGUAUAAGAAUGCUGCAAAUGAAAAAUUCUGUGUACUAGUCAGUGGUUCCACCAAAUAUUUCCAGGUCAAGGGAUGUGACAUUGCAGCUCGUGCUAUCAGUCUACUGCAAGAUGCAUCAUAUAAUCUGAUACUUGUUGCACAGCCUAAAGAUGAUGAUGAUGAGCUUAAGGAAGCCAUGCAAAAGGAAGAAAUAAGUUUAAAUCAGCUGACAAUUCGUCAUUGCUCGGCUGGGGACACAGAAACAUGGUUUAAAUAUCUUCAUGAAGUAGAUAUUCUCAUCAAGCCAUCAAGAACAGAAGGCUUUGGAAUGAGUGGUCUCCGUGCCAUUUCAGCCAAUGUUCCUGUUCUGAUCAGUGGAAAUACUGGGCUAGGUAUGACCCUCAAGACAUUAAAAUAUGGACCAGAUUUUGUCGUGGAUUCUGAAGACCCCCAGGCUUGGGCUGACAAGAUAAGGGCGUUCAGGGACAUGGAACCAAAGGCCCUUCGCUCAAAAGUUGGAAAACUGAAAAAGGAAUACAUGAUGAAAUAUAAGUGGAAGGAACAAUGUGAAAAGCUGGUGAACAGAUUUUUUGAAAUGGUCCAUGGCCAGUAAGGACAUAUAACUGUUUAUUGUACAUGUACAUGUAUGUAAGUCAGCUUGUAUAAAUGUGUGACUCUAAAUUUAAAGGAGCCUUGUCACGAAAUUCAGCCAAUUAGGAAAUUACAAAAUGCCUGUUAAAUUAAGAGAAACAUGAAAAUAACUGCUUAAAACUUUAAACAAAGGUUAAAUUAACAUAACAGAAACGACAGAUGCCACGGAUGGACAAAACUGAAGAAGAUUGAAACGGAUUGAAAUUAGGGUUUUAGAAAACUGUUCAGCCUAACAGUUUUUCAAAGUUGAUCCCUGCUGCUUGCAACUUCAAAAAUAAUGCUCAGGAGACAUAAUUGUUUGUCUCAGAUCUCUGAUUUUGUCAUUUAUGUGUAAUUUCUUCGCUCACUUCAAGUUCCAUAGCAAUUGAGGGUGAGUAAUUGGCAAAAUUAAACAAAAUGAACCGGACUGCCGUGACAGAGCCCCUUUAAAAGCACUAAUAAUGAUUGUGAAGGGAUAUGUAGAAUGUCGAGGCUCUAAAAUACAUGUCAGUUGUGUGACCUCUAAUCUAAUGCCAUAUUCUCCUUUUGAUUUAUAGGUCAGACUAAUUAGAAGGAGUGACUUGGAGUUUCAUUUCAGUCACCUCUUCAUAAUGAUCUAAUUAACUUUUCGCCACAUUGAAUUGUACAUCUUAAGGUGGCUGAACACAGUUUCGCGGGCGGUCAGCGGUAGCGCAUGUUUUAAAUUAGACAAACAAACAUGGCGGCGAAAAAAGCAAUGGUACAUAGAAGACGAUUUCUCAAAAUCUACUCAUUAAAAUUUUGUGAUAUUUGGCAGAAUUUUUACUUUUAUCAUAUUUUAAAUAAUGAGAACUUUAAAAUGGGAGUUGAGCAGACGAAUUUUGUGACACAUUUAAUAAUAACAGUACAAUUAUAUCAUUGAUUAUCUGAAAACCCCUCUGUUAAAAUUUGGUCAAAUAAGUUUCAAAUAGUCAUGAUUAAUUAUAGUAAGCUGUGUGCGAGUUUAUAGGAAAAUCUAAUGAGCGAAUUUUAUGUAAACUGAGUAAAAGUGAAAUUUUAAGGUUGUAUUCAAUCGUUCAUGUUGCCAUGGAAACUACGAAAACGUCAAAUUUUGCCUGUCAGUCAAAAUCUUUCAUCAUUAUAUUUUUCACUUGCCAAGUUUCUGCUUGAGAGCUGCAACCUCUCUCCUGCCAUAAUUUGGCAAAUGACCUGUACUCAGAAACUGCCAAAACUGUGUUCAGCCACCUUAAGUAUUGUCAUACGGGGAGAAUUCUCAGUUUUCACUGUCACGCAAUCAAAAAUAAAAUUGCAAACCCUUCAAUACAGAAAGUCCCGAAUCUAGGAAAUAAAAGAAGAUAAAUAAACAAAAGGCCUCGCCAAGAAUCAGGUCUGUGCGAUAUUUCAUAUGCGAGAUAUUAGGAGAAACGUUUUACCCAAAUUUACAAAGCUUUGUAUGGCGACGCCAUGUUUGUGUCCCUUUGCGGGGCACAAAUAUGGCCGCCGGAAACCAACAGAAACAUCUGUUUUUGAGUUUUCCUACUAAUGAGUUAAUUCAUCGCUUGAAAAACUCAUAAACUAUUAAAGUGAUAUUUAUUCUGAGACAAGGAAUGUUUAGACAGCAAAAUCUCCCAAAAUUGGUAAUGUUUUUAACCCACAUAAGAGCCGUUGUGGCCGCCAGCUUAAUGCCGCGUCACGCAAAAGCCUAGAAAUUCAAACGUCCUCUAUCGCAAAACGAAGAACCCUUUCGAACCAAAACUCUGUUUAAAUAAAGGCGUUUAGGUGCUGUAAUACCUCAUGAAACUCAGAAACUCGGAAGAAUCGAUAGUUUCUUAGUUUGAAUUUUGGUGACGUCAUGUGAAAACCGAGAAUAUGACAGCAAAAUGUUUACACAGUCAAUUAAUACAGUAAAGAUCAUGUGAUGAAUUUGAAGGAAAUAACCCAGGAAUACCUUUCAAAUUGUAAAGUAAUAUAUCAAACAUGAGAAGCAGUGUUUCAUCACCAGAUGAAACACCGAGAAGAGAGUUGAAAAUACGACGCGCAGCGGAGUAUUUUUGACGAACUUCGAGGUGUCGAAUGUUUGAUAUUUCUUCUCAAACAAAAUCAUUUUUGAAGGAGAAAUUAAGGAUGCAAAUACUGAGCAGUUUUUCAUCCGAUUUCCACACUCAUUAAACAUUAAUUUUCUUUGUAUUUUCUUUAUGAAUUAUUAAUGAGUUUGAGAAGUGUUUUUCAUCAAGAGGAGCUUCCCAGGUGGACAUCUCCUUCUUGUGACACUAACUUGCAGUGUACAGACCGCAUUGUACAGGGUUGUUGGUCAUGUGAUCUAGUGAGGUCAUAGUAGACCUUUCCUGCCUUCCAGUGUAGCACAGACAGGAAGUCGAAGCCCGGGUUGACAGAAUACAGUGACAUUAUUUUGGUUGCUGCCCUAUAGUGAAUGCAGGAAAAUUAUUCACUACAUGCAGGCAGCAAAAUUUUAUUUUUCAAAUUUUCAUUAUCUUGGAACUCCAUUAUAUUACUGCCAAACCCCGUCUUACAGACACCUGCUUAAUACGGACACCUCAUUAUUACGGACAGUUUGCUUUGUCCCUGGGGAAAGAAAGACCUUACAUUUUCUCUAAAAUUCAACCCGCUUAACACGGAUACCCUAUUAAUAACGACACUUUCUAUGCCACCCCCCAGUAUCCGUAUUAACGGGGUUUGCUGUAUAUGUAUGUUGCAAUAAUGCAAAAUAUUGGCUGAAAUUUAGCUAAGUUUCAUAACGUAAUUUGAAAUGUUGAUCAAAUUGAUAUGAUACAGAAGUAUCUAAAAUAAAAUCAGUACUACAAUCAAAUUUGGUGGUAUGUUUAGAAAAAAAAGAGUUUAGAGGUUUUAUAGUACUAUAGUAUACUAUGUAGUUCAUAAAAUUAAUAUUAUAGCCUAGUUUUUUAGAAUUAAAAUAACUCUGAGGGACAAUAAUAGAUUUCUUUUCCUGUAUUAAGUUGUGUAAAACACUGUCCCGUAAUAAUAAUGUAUAUUAUUUUAUUAGUUUUCUAGACAUGUACAUGUAGAAUUCAUAUUAGUUCAAAAACUAAAAUUAUAUUUAUUACCUAAGGAUUAUUUUUACCUUGUUUUACUUUUCUUUGAACAUUAGAAUACUGAUUAUGAGUUCUCGACACUUGUUUUUCCUAUUGAUUGGCCAGAUCCAAACCUUCAAAACUUUCUGCAUGGGUGGGGGAGGGGGGGGAGGUUGAAGAUUAUAAUACAGUCAUGCAGGGAAAAGUAGAAUGCUUCAUAUUACCAUGAACAUUAUUUGAAACUUAAGCAUUUUGGUGCAGAAACUUAAAUCUAUAGACAAAGUUGCCAAUGAGGACCAAAGUUUGUUGAUG